AUGAAAACCAGGUCAAACCACUUCUAUUCAUCUAAAGUAGACCGAGAACGAGAGUGGAAAAAGCGUUUUGAUGUUGCCAAGCAGUCUUUCCAGCAAGGUGAGUGUGAUGUUAGUCAGGUAAAAGAAGCAAGCUCCAUGCUAGUGCUCUAUGACUCCCUACAACUGGCACACAAGUGCAUUCUAAACAGCUUCUAUGGAUACGUGAUGCGUCGUGGGGCACGCUGGUAUUCAAUGGAGAUGGCGGGCGUCGUCUGCCAUACGGGCGCCAACAUCAUCACUAAAGCAAGGGAACUUAUUGAGCAGGUUUGUCAGAAUUUGUUGUAUUGUAUCUGCUCCUUUAUAUGA